CGGAGCUGGUGAACGAGCGGCUCGCCUCAUUCCGCUGCUUUCUCAGCAUCCAUUCUGAGACCCUAUUCCGGAGAGGAGAGAGCUAUAUAACAGGCAAAUUGGAGGAGCUAAAGGGAAAAAAUCCACUGAAGAGGGAGCGCAUCAAGGAAAAUAACACCUAAUCAGGGCUUACUGGCAUCUGCUAUCAUCUCUAGUAGGUUUAGCAGAGGUGUCUGAAAGUUUCCAUCCGGGGGAGGACACCCUCCCCUCGUUGUGGGGAUGAACAGUGGAUGCUGAAUUUCAUUCCUGAAGGCAGGAGGAGAGGAGUGAGAGCACCGGCUGGAUUCACUUGCAGUGGAGGGCUGGUAGUGCGCACCACAAGAGAUCCUACAGUGCCUGUUUCUCUCUCUGGCACGCAUUUUUCAGUAGAAUACAUAACGUUAUUUCACUGUGCCAAGGUGGAAUAUCAGCUGGACGCAGCCCACAAGGAAAUUCUCCCAAACCAAACCAGGGAAGGAGAGUAGCAUGGAUUAUGUACAGAAUCAAUGAAGGAGGUUUUUUUCUUUUUUUUUUGCGUGUUUUUUUUUUUGUGAACAAAGUAAGUUCUAAUCAGAGAAGGCUUUGAAUUGGGUUUUAAAUCGGACAGACUUGGAGGAUUUCCGCUUUGUUUCUUUGUUGUGGAACAGCACAAAGCUUCAGACAAGAUUAUCUUGUGGACUAUACGGUCCUGGAUGUUAUUUCAAGACUAAAUCUGUGUAGACACCUCUCAGCUCUCCUGGCAGGAAGCAGACAUGUUCCGUGCUGCUGUUCCCAUAUGACCCUGGAGUAAGUGACCUGUGAACAGAGUUACUCUGGGGAUUUUCUAAAGGACUUUCUGCAGUCUAUAACAGUGUAUGGACGUCUGACAUUGGAAAGCCCAGCAGGCUAUAGAUGAGCUUCUUCAUUUACAUAUCGAGCGGGGAACUGGGAUCCAAUCAGAAGUGAUCACUCAACACACAUCUGGAGGUGCUUUUUAACGCUGUGUGUGAGCAGACACACUUCCAGCUGUUAUCCAGAUAAAAACCCGAAAAUAGGAGCAACCGUAGAAAAAGAAGAGAAAAAGAACAGGCCAUGGCUGAGGGGAUGAUUACAUCUCAAAGUGAGCCGUGACAGAAUGGUCGACUGUAUGAGCAAAGUCAUGCUGCACACGGUCGUCUCAUGCUGGCAACCAUUCCUGGGACUGGCCCUCGUGGCUGUCUUCAUAGGUUCGGCGCUGGGAUGUCCCUCCCGCUGCGAGUGUUCGGCGCAGAGCAAGGCAGUCGUGUGUCACCGCAAACGGAUGCCCACCAUCCCCGACGGCAUCCCGACCGAGACCAGAAUCCUGGACCUCAGUAAGAACAAGCUCACAAUGAUCAACCCAGAUGACUUUAUUAACUUUCCUGGGCUCGAGGAACUUGACCUCAGUGGAAAUAUCAUCAGUUACGUUGAGCCCGGAGCCUUCAACGCCCUGUUUAACAUGCACUCGCUCAGUCUCAAGAGCAAUCGUAUUAAGCUCAUUCCGCUGGGCGUCUUUGCGGGCCUAGCAAAUCUGACCCGACUGGAUAUAAGUGACAACAAGAUUGUCAUCCUCCUGGAUUAUAUGUUUCAGGAUUUGCACAAUCUAAAAUUUCUGGAAGUGGGAGACAACGACCUGGUUUACAUUUCUCACCGUGCGUUCAGUGGACUUUUGAGCCUGGAGAUACUCACUCUUGAAAGGUGUAACCUGACCGUCGUACCCACCGAGGCCCUGUCCCACCUGCACAACCUGGUCAGCCUCCACCUCCGAUACCUCAGCAUCAGCACUUUGCACCCCUACUCCUUCAAAAAGCUGUUCCGACUGCGACAUUUAGAAAUUGAUAACUGGCCUUCGCUGGACCACAUCCCGGCCAACACUCUGCACGGCCUCAACCUGACCACGCUGUUCAUCACCAACACCAACCUGUCGUCCUUCCCUUACCAGGCUUUGAAGCAUCUGCCCUACCUGACACACCUCAACCUGUCCUACAACCGUAUCCGGCACAUCGAAGGUGGGAUGCUCAUGGAACUGGUUCGACUGCGAGAGCUCCAUCUGGUCGGAGCUCAACUCACCGCGAUCGAACCCUACGCCUUUCAGGGCCUGAGGGGGCUCAAGGUCCUCAAUGUGUCUCACAAUCGGCUCGACACUUUGGAGAAGGGCGUCUUUCAGUCUCCUGAGGCUCUCGAGGUGCUUCUGAUCGACAACAACCCUUUAGUGUGCGACUGCCGUCUUAUGUGGAUCUUACAGAAACGGCACACCAUCUUCUUUGGCGAUUCACAGCCAGAGUGCAGCACACCUGAAGGCAUCCGUGGAAGGCCUUUCAAGGAGUUUAAGGAGACGCUUCUGUCCUAUUAUGUGACGUGCACAAAGCCAAAAAUUCGAGAGAAUAAAACGCAAACGAUAACCGUAGAUGAGGGUCAGCAAGCUAUGUUGCGCUGCAGCGCCGACGGGACGCCGAGACCCGUUGUGUCAUGGUUGUCCCCGCGUAGACGAGUUCUGACAAGUAGGAGCCAUGGAAGGGUUACCGUCCAUUACAACGGAACGCUGGAGAUCAAGUCGGCGGAGGUACAAGACAGUGGGGUGUACCUCUGCCUUGCAUCCAACACUGCUGGGAAUGACACCCUGAUGACCUCAUUGGCGGUAAAAAGUCUAGGUUCACUGUAUGCAAACAGGACCCAGUACUACACAGACCCCAGCAACUCCACUGUCAAUGCAACGACCAGUGUCACCCUCGGUUUGGACCUAAAGACUAUUUUGGUGUCGACCGCCAUGGGUUGUUUCACGUUCCUGGGAGUGGUCUUGUUUUGUUUCCUCCUUCUUUUUGUUUGGAGCAGAGGGAAAGGAAAACAUAAAAACAACAUAGAUGUGGAAUACGUGCCCCGCUCCAAGUCUAACGGCACUAACGUUGACUCGGCGGAGGGACAAGCCGGUCCCCGUCGCUUCAACAUGAAAAUGAUGUGACUUCUUUUAUAGAUCCAAGAAUCGGGAUUUUGAAAAACCCAAAGUACAGUGUAUUUUUUUGCAAACAGGACUACUGAACUUCCCACAGCUGCAGGAAAAGCAGUAGUUAAUCAAACGGUGUGGGGCAUCAUAACUCGAUGAGCAUUUCCUUACAUCACUGGAUCUCAACUUAACGCUCGGAUACUGUUUUCAGAUUUGGAAAAGCACUGCAGGACAUCCUCGUAUUAAUUGCCACCGGGCGACUGUUUUCGACACGGAUGAGGACUGAAAACUGUUGCCACCAAGGACCUAAAUGGAACAGGUGUCAAUUAUCAGCUUUGGAAAUGAUUAAUUGAAAUUUAUAUGCCCAAAAAAAAAAAAAAAAAAAGAACCUUUAAGUUUUGGGUCGGAUCUACAGACUCACCUGAACCAUGUACAGUAACAAUUUGUAUCUAAACUAUUAACCUACUUUGUUUAGUCUUGCGCCAUGCUUAUUCACUGAACAAAUCAAUGAAACAGACCAUAAAUUCCUAUGUUCAAUACUUUGCAUAUGUGUACCUAAUGCUUUAUUAUGUACAUGUAUGUACAUAUUCAUUCAGAAAAAAAAAAAAAUAUUCAUAGCAAUAUUCAUGGGAUGCAUUAGCCAAAAUUGAUAUAACCCGGUGUUCAUUCAACAGGAACAAUCUGCAGACGUUUCCAUGGAUUCAGGAAGGGCUUCUAUGGAUGAUUAUCUGUCCCUAUUCCCCUAAUUGACUUAUAGAUAUUAUAAAUAUAUAUAUUAUUUAUCAAUGAAAAUAUAGAAAAAAAGAAUUUAUUCAUAAAAAAAAAAAAAAAAGUUGAGGCUUUUACAAAAUCUGUCUCAGAUGCUGUUCAGGAUCUAACGUAACUCUUGGAUCAAUAUAAAGAUGACCCAGUAUUGGUCAAAGUACCUACAUGAACCACCUUUUUGUCCUAUUUUUGUCUAUUUUUAUUCCUUUAACUGUACCUUUACUGGUUGGCAAAUUACAUGUGUCAAUUUUACUACAGUGACAUUUGCAUCAUUUUCCCCAGUAGGAAAUUUGGACUUUGUUGUGGUAGUUUCUCAUUUUGUUGUUGAAUCAUUUAGAUUGUGAAAACUUCAAAAGUAAAAGUAAAAAAAAAAAAAAAAAAUGUAUGUGAAAUAAAUCAAGAUGUAUUUGUA